AUGGCGUUCCCCUAUAUCGACACGCCGCGUACCGAGAUUGACGGGAACGCGACUUAUCUCACCAACGGCUUUCGCAGCGUCGGGCGAACACACCUAUCGGCUCUGGAUUCAGUGGAAAAUUCCUUUCAUACCCCGUCCAAGGAUAAUGAUGUGAUCAAGGGCUUCGAUAAUGGCAGGAGACGCGUCUCAAACAGCAACAAACUUGCCACCCCGCGUGCCAACAACCCCAAGUCGACAAGAAGCGCGUUAAGACACCUUCCUGCAGCUGGACCAGCCAAGGGAGAGUUUACACCUUUGAUGAAAAGCGCGACAAAGAACAAUUACCUCAAAAAUAUCUCCACCACUCGAGGGGCGGAUGGCCCGAAGACUCCGGGUUACAUGCGAGAAACCAGUCGCAUGGCACACACCCCCGGCCUGCCUGCCAUUGAUAUGUCUGAUAUAUACGAGGAGGAUAUGACAGCCGAUGAACCAACUCCACUUCCUCAAGCCGCUAGCAGCAGUGUGCAGAGUACUCCUCUUCCAGGGCUUGGUCGUGGCGGUGGAGGUAUCCUAGGUGAUGGGCAGAAUAUGACUUUGAAGGAGCAAGAAAGAAUCAUCGACAGGCUCGACAAAGACAACUGGAACCUCAAGCUUAAGAUCCACUACCUCGAAGAGCAACUAGAGAAAGCCGGCCCGGAAUACAACAGCACCGCCCUCAAGGAAAACACAGAGCUAAAAGUCUUGAAGUUGACGAUGCAGCGUGAUAUCUCUCGAUACAAGAAGAGUCUAUUAUCGGCAGAACGCGACCUGGUGGAUUACCAGCAGCAACUCACAGUGAUGAGAGAUAAAGCCCGACGAGGACAGACCGACGAGGAGGUACAACGAGAAAUGGACAUCAUGCGUGAGGAAGUCGAUAGUCGAGACAAGGAGAUCAGAGAACUACAAGAAGUAUUAAGACUGGUCAAGAACGAAAAAUCCGAAGAGGUAGACAAACUCCGAGAUGAAGUUGAGGACUUGGAGGCAACGGUCCGUGAAAAAGAUCGGGCUAUCGAGGAACGCGAUGAACAGCUGGAAGAGUUGAGAGAGAACGCCAACGAGAACGACGCUGGCACGGAAUUACAAAUCGAGCUUGACCGGGCCAAAGAGCAUCUCCAAGAACUUCAAGAUAACCUUGAGAAGGCUAAAAUGGAUAUCGAAGAGGCGGCAUACACCGCAAGACAGGCUGUGGACGAAAAAAAUCGCGCUGAAGAUGAUCUCCGGGAACUACAGGACGAGAUGUCGAAUAAGUCUUUUACAACAAAGGGGCUUAGUCGGCAGCUUGAAGAGAGAGCUGAACAGCUCGAGGUAGAUAUGCAUGAUCUACAGCAAGAAAAUGCAACCCUCAAGUCUGAACUUGAGAGCAAAUCUCGUUUUGUGGCUCAGCUGGAAGAGCGCUACCACACUGUUCAGCAAGACUUGAAGAGCAGCGCAGGAAAGCUUGGCGAGGACCUUGCAUCGGUCAGACGUGAACGGGACUCGGCGGUGAGAGAUCGUGAACAGGCAUCUCUGCGCCUACAAGAAGCCCUUGACGAAACCCAACGCCGAACGGAAGAGAAGGAGCUCUUGCAGACUCGACACCAGGCAUUGACUGAUGAGUCGGGAGGUCUCCAAGGUGAAUUGACUCGAGCGCAGUCUAGGAUUCGCGAACUUCAACAAGCAGUUGAAGAGGCCACCAACCGCGCACAAGAUAACCAGAAUAUUCGCUGGCAGCAUAAGGUGGAGCUGGAGCGACUUCAAGAUGAGAUCGAAGCCCUCCAGCAUGAAAUCGAGGAUAAAGAAGGCAACUUUGCCCUUGAGCAGGAUCGUUGGGAAAGUACCAAGCGCACAUUGCAGUCCCAGAAAGAGCGGGCAGAAGAGCAAGCAUUGGGCUACAAGAGGACGGCUGAGAGACUUCAGGCGGCGGAACACAGUCUUUCAGGGAAAGAGUACAAACUUCAGGAUGUCAUCGACAGUGAGAAGCAACGCCACACCCAGGAAGAAGCCGUGCUCAGUCGUCAAGUCAAAGAACUGGAUACCGAACUAGCACAGAAGAGACAGAUUAUCGACCAACAACGCAAUGACCUCCUUACUGUGCGGGAAGAGCUUCGCAUCUCCAGGCGCGAAGAGCAAUCGCUCAAGGAGAAGAUCCAGGCAUUGGAAGAUGAAGUUAUUGUUUUACAAUCUAGCCUAGCAGACGAGCAACAAUAUGCCAAGGGUCGAUCUCAAAAGGGUUUGGCCGACGUCCAACCCCAGCUGCAGAAAGCUAUUGCGGAUAGAGACACGCUACGUGAUCAGCUUGCCAAUGCUCAUGUUGAGUUACACGAUUUGCGGAUUUCUAUGGCCGAGAUGGAGGUUGAGCGAGACGAACUCCAGGCCCAGGUUGAACGUGCUCAGAAUAGCGAUGAAACAACCAGAUUUGACCGGGAGAAGCUGGAGCUCCGGAAGACUACCACUCGACUGGACAACGAAAUGAAACGACUUCGAGAGGAUAAAUCUGCUCUGCUGGAAGCUAAGGAAACCCUUGAGACUCAACUUAGAAAUGAGAUCGAGCGUGCUACUGAAGAGGAGGCUCGUCUUGGGGCCGAGAUUGAUCGUCUUAAUGAUAAGCUACUCGCUGGUUCUGGAAACCGGGACAGAGAAUUGACAACAGCCAAGACAAAGGUGCAACGAUUCGAACGACGAAUCCAAGAGUUGGAGAAACUUCUCACACAACAACCACAGGCUGAUCAGGAACAGUCAACCACGCAUGGUGACCUUUCCGUUCUUCGUCAUGGCCUGGAUGAAGCUCGAAGGCGUGAAAAGGUACUCUUGCAGCGCGAAUCAGAGUACAAAGCCUCCGCACGCACCUUGAAAUCACGAGCCUCAGACCUGGAAAGAGAGCUUCAUGAUGCCCUGAUGGGCAAAAUCGAAUCCCACUCCACACAGAAUUCGCCCUCCAACAAACUCAAUGAAGAGUUGCGUGGUUUACGUAAACAGCUCGCGGAUGCUCACCGGUCUCUCAAGGAGGUCAAGUCUAAAAACCGCGACCUGGAGCGUGCUGUGAUGAAAGAGGAGGAUCAAAGGGACCUCCAUGAGCUGCUCAAGUCAUCAACUAUAGAAGCAGAGGCCCUGGCCCUGAAGGUCUCCGAACGAGACUCCCGAUUAAAUGAGUUAAAGGCCCUAGUUCGCCGCAUCCGUGAAGAGCGAGCCUUCUGCGUACGCAAAGCUGAAACGGCAUUGAAAGACUUGCAGACAUUACAGCAACGCUACGACGAAGCUCUGGAAAAGAUGUCUCAAGGCAAAUUUACCAACAAAACCCGACAUGAGAAGGAGAUGCGUGGCCUAGGCAAGGAAAUUAUCUGGCUCCGUGCCCGUCUACAGCGCGAGGAGAAGUUCCGUCGUGACUUGGCCUGGAGUAAGGGUCUGAUGGAACUCGGUGAACGAGUUCGGGUAGCAUGCAACGAAGCCGACCUCCGCAUGAUCUCCCAAAUGGGUGUACAAGCCGGUGACCAGAAAUCAGCGCGUUCAUCCCGCGGCAAGUUCCGAUCUGCCAUCUCCCUUGUUAUCGCGACCGUUCGCAUGAAAAAGAUGGGCCAGGAGUGGAGGCGGACCAAGAAGCUAGGCGAAGGCUUGAAGCGGGCCAAGAGUGAGAUGCUUAAACGCCGCGAAAGCUCCAACAAGAGCUUGCUAGGCCAAUAG